AUGGAAGUCGAGAAUUUGAACAGACUGACCAGUUUUGACGAAAAUGAAGCGAAGAUUGAUGAGAAAACGAUGCGAAUUAUUUCCAGCCACAGUUUGAAGGUGUCUUCUGAAAACGGAUACCGAUUUGUGAGCGAUUCUCUCGGUUUCUCCCUAUUCGACGAAUCCGAUUUACAGCCAAUCAAACAGUUUGGAUACGUUUUUCACGGUUCGCUUAAACUCGAAUCCCCCACGGAAAUUCUUCGCAAAUUGAUUCCACUGGAGAAAUAUUGUUAUGCUAUUGAUAGCAAUAUCUCGAUCACCUGCAAAGAGAACGUUUAUGACGUCGAUCUGUUCGAAGCACUGUUCUUCCCGCUUAAAUUAUCUCCGAGAACUGCGAUACACUUGAAUAACAUGUAUCCGAUGAGCCCAAAAACGAUUAAAUCAAUGUGGUGCCGAUUGGUGGCGUACUACUUCGAGCUGAUUGCUGGCAUUCCGGAGCUGCGUUUGCUCGGCGAAGCCGACAAACUCAAACUGAUCGUCUCUCAACUUUGCAACGUCAUCUGUUUUCAUAUUGUUUAUAUGAACAGCAAAGAUUCAAAGGAAUUCACUGAAAAUGUUUGUCUCCAAUUUGGCUUCGGAUAUUAUUGGUCGCCGAAUUGCACCGACGACACCUUAGUGAAUUUCUAUUGCGAGAAUAUCUGGAUGGCGAUAAAUUCACAUGUGAUUCCAAUUCUGAAGCACAUCAAAAUAACAUUCGAAGAAUAUCUUCUCGCUAAAAUGGUGGUCCUCUUCAAAUGCUCAGAAAUCUCGAGAAUUUCCCCUGAAGGAUUGGAAUAUAUUCGAUCCGUUGAGAAUAAAUAUCGAAUAAUGCUUGCAACUCAUAUCCAAUCGAAAUAUUUCGAAGACGAAAGUUUGAGCGGUGAGGAGAAAACCGAGAAAUCGACUGAACGACUUCAGGCAAUUAUGAGAAUUAUUACUGGAGUUGAUAUAAUUGGUGAGCUCGACGAUAAGAGUCUGACGAGUAUGGUGGAAAUUAAUCAUGGUGCAAUGCGAGGUACUCUGCAACGGCAAAUUCAUUCGAGCUUGAAAAAACGCAAUCAUAAUUAG